AUGAGUCAUCCAUGGCCUGACCUAUUUGCAUAUGCUUGCUUGUUAACAGGAUCUCUUGCUGAUGCUCAAGCUACAAGAAAGCAUAUUUCUAGCAAAAUAGUUGUGGUCAUCCUACUAUUAUGUGUCAUACUCACAACUAUUGCGUUUCUUGCUUCAAUAACAUGCUAUCUCUACAGAAAGGAUAAGUGCCCUAUCCAGUCACCGCUAUUCUUGUCAGACAGAGAAACAAGUUGCAAUAGUGCUACUAACUUAAUUAGUCAUAGGGCAUCUUCAGUGACGGAAACUAAUAUCAGUGCUGAUUACUCCAUUAAUCCUAUAUCAGGGUGUUUUCGCAAGGCUUCUUUCUUGUGUAGGGGGAAACCAGAGAUUAUACAUGGAACUUUAAUCCGUUUUGCAUACUCUGAGUUGGAAUAUGCAACCGAUAAGUUCUCCCAUUCUAAUCUUAUAGGACUUGGGGGAAGUAGUUAUGUAUAUCGUGGUCAGCUCAAGGAUGGUAGAACUGUGGCAAUUAAGCGACUGAAAGCUCAAGGUGGACCUGAUGCAGACUUCCAUUUUUCAACAGAGGUUGAGCUGUUGGCGAAGGUCCAUCACUGUCAUGUUGUGCCUUUGCUUGGCUACUGCUCAGAGUUCCAAGGGAAGCUUUCUGAGAGGUUGCUGGUAUUUGAAUACAUGCCUAAUGGUAACCUGAGGGAUUGUUUGGAUGGGAAUAUGGGGGAAAACAUGAACUGGCAAACUCGUGUUACUAUUGCAAUAGGAGCUGCAAGGGGCUUAGAAUAUCUCCAUGAAGCAGCUGCUCCAAGAGUUUUGCAUAGAGAUGUCAAAUCAACCAAUAUCCUUAUGGAUGAAAACUGGAGGGCAAAAAUUACUGAUCUUGGCAUGGCUAAAUGUUUAAGAGCUGAUGGAGUUCCCAGCAGUUCCAGUUCUCCAGCAAGAAUGCAGGGCACAUUUGGCUAUUUUGCACCAGAGUAUGCAAUGAUUGGAAGAGCUUCUCUUAUGUCAGAUGUUUUCAGCUUUGGGGUAGUUCUCCUUGAACUUAUCACUGGUCGGCAACCAAUCCAUAAAUCAACCAACAAAGGAGAAGAAAGCCUUGUCUUAUGGGCUACUCCUCGUCUCCAGGAUAGUAGGCGAGUAAUAUUGGAGUUGCCUGAUCCACGCUUGAAAGGGAAUUUCCCUGAAGAAGAGUUGCAAAUAAUGGCAUACCUGGCAAAGGAGUGCCUACUGUUAGAUCCUGAUGCUCGGCCAAGCAUGAGUGAGGUUGUACAAAUCCUCUCAAUCAUAGCACCAGAAAAAUCUAAAAGGAGAAACAUUCCUGUGAAUCUUUUUCGGAUGUCUUCAAUCCAGAGCAUGAAAACUGAGCCAUAUAAAGAAAAACCUGACAGUGAAGCUGAAGGUUCUGUUGAUACUGAGGAAGUACUGAAGCGAGACAGGUCAAUUCAACAGUCGGCUUUAGAUGUAGGUUUUGUUGGAAGCAACAUUGAAGGGGCAGAUAAUAUUUCAUCCAAGUAUAUGGAGAGGUUAAUCUUCCUGACUUCAAAAGCUCGGAGUAGGCGUGCCUCAGAUGAUGAGGCUGUGGACUUAACUGAGCCUCGAUUAGAAUCAUUCUGCAUGGCAAAUGUUAAAUCUCCAUGA